UUGCAGCGCACUCAUCUCGUAGUAAACCACUGUCGAGUUAUCUAUGGCUGACGUGUCGGCAUUAUUUUGAUUUUAAUUUACUAAAAAUUAUAUUGUGUCUCUAAUGCGAUUAAUUCAGACAUAUUAACAUGUAUACUUCAUUUGCUCUCGUGGCGAUUCUAUUCUUUUACGAAGCACAUUCAGCAAGUAGUGUUUCUAGUCAUUUUGGGAUACCCGAGAGAGAAAAGUUUAAAAAUGUUUUUGCAGAUGCAAUGUUGUCAACAGAUGUGGCACAGAUGUAUUAUGCUAUUGAAGGAUACAGGUUGCUAAAUGAAGUUCCAGCAUCUACGAAAGAAUCAUGCAAAGUACUAGAUAAUUUUUCAACGAAAGCUAAGAGCCCAGAAGAGUUAUUCUAUUUGAUUUCUACCUCAAAAUAUCUCACCUGUAGUCAUAUUUCCACUACAUCCGCCGUGAAAUCUCUGCAAGAUAUUUUUUCAAGUGACACUGCAACUGUGACUGAAUUAUAUUAUGCAGUUUUAGGACUAAAAAAUUCAGGACAAACACUUUCUGAGGCUAAUAAAAGCAAAUUGGCCAAAUUAUUACAGGGAUUACUGAAACGGGAAGAUACAUUAUUAAGUUUGGCCCAUGCGUUCCAUAUUGCGGCUGAACUUGGAAUAAAUGGACAAUUUGUAAGUGAUCGAAUUGAGGAUGCUCUUGCACAAGCUGAUGAAGUUGAUGGGAAGAUGUUGCAGUUCGAAGGUGGUCUUAGUUUGACAUCAUUGAUAUUAACAGGAAUAAUAAGGCUGUCAAAUUCUUUAGGAAAACCUGCAUAUAUUACUGCAGAUCAAAGUGUAAAAUUUUCAACAUACUUGCUAUCAAGGAGGUCUGUUCAAACAGCUAAAGGUUGCACUUUGCUUCUAAACGCUUUAACACUAAUAUCUAACGACAAAGCAAUCUCUCCAACAGUUAUAUCUUUAGUUGGGUCUCCUCAAAUAUCUUCCGAAAAUCCACAAGUAAAUUUGAGAGUUUGCAACCUCUUAGGACAACCUUUGGAUAUACCUUCUGAUUCAGUAAUUGCACAAUCUGGCACAAGACAAGGCCAAGUAGUUUUGUCUAAACAAAAAUUAACUCCUGUUCAAGGAGAUAAAACUCUAUACAAACUUGAUCUCAUGAAAAUCAAACCGGAAAAAGGUGUAUAUAAAUUAGUUUUGAGUGCUGGCUCACAUACUGGCAACAUCGUGGUUAAGGUCUUAGGAAGAAUAUCAGUGAAAUCUUUGGAAGUCAGUAUUGGAGACGCUGAUCAGGCUGCUCCUGCAAAGAAACAAACAGUCCCAUACCCUAAGAAGAUGACAACUGUGCUUGAAGCAGACUCAUUACAAAGAGUUCUGCUGAAGGUCUUACUUGCUGAUGAGUCAGAUGGAAAACCUAUGACAGUACAUCAAUGUUUUGUUAAACUAUCAAAUUCUAACAACAAGCAAGAAAUUAUCUUUGUUGCUGAGCAGGAUAGUACUCAAACAUAUAAAUUUGAAAUGGAUGUAGGAAGCAAAUCUAUAGAUUUCAAUCAUAAAUCUGGUUUGUACCACAUGGAAUUGAUAGUUGGAGAUGCUUUGCUUAGCAAUUCCUUCAAAUGGCAUAUUGCAGACAUCAAUUUGAAAUUCUCUCAAGAAGCUAUCUCUGCAGAACACAGUGCAUCAAGAUUGCCAAAACCAGAAAUUGUUCACAAAUUCAGAGAACCAGAUCGCAGGCCGUCUCGAUUAGUGUCUGAUUUGUUCACUGGAUUAUGUUUAACUCCAUUAGUGAUUUUAUUCGUUUUAUGGGUUAAAUUGAAAAUUAAUGUUUCUAAUUUCCCAUUGUCUCUCUCUGCUUUAGGUUUUCAUUCUGGUUUUGGAGCGAUAUUGGGCUUAUUUGUGAUUUUUUGGCUGAAACUGAACAUGUUCGAAACGUUAAGAUAUCUCUCUGUCCUGAGUCUUGUAACAUUUAUUUGUGGUCACAGAUUACUUAGAACGAUAGCACAGCAAAGAAAGUAAAAAAGAAAAUGUUGAAUUAUAUCCACAUUGAUCAUGUUAUCAAAUAUAACAAACGAUCAGUUGUAUCUUCGAACUUAUGUUUUAAUAAAUUUAUUUAAUGUGUGUAAAUUUAAACCAAUAGUG